GUAUUCCAGACCUCCCGAUUUUACAUUCCUCCCCCAAACCGUUACAGUUUUUAUAGUACUACUGUAAUUAAUAAUACUAAGAGAAGCCGAGCUAUGGGCUACUAGAGCGCACCUGAGCGAGGUGAGGGGGCGUAGUCAUCGGAGUCGCGCGUAUGUCAAAAUUCAAGAAAUAAAGAAAAUGAUAUUGGUCCUUUGAGCCGGAUCAUAUUUCUUCUGGAUAUGUUUGUUCCGGAAACGGUAGGCGGUUUGAGUCUCGCGAAUUAAAAAUUAUGAAUUCCAUCCGGCAAUGCUCAACAACGAACCCAAAAACUGGAAAAAUUCGAAGAAUCGGAAAAAAAGACUUUAAACUGAAGAAUUGGAAGACUGCUAAGAAUCUGAAGAUAAUUAAUUGGAGAAUGUCAAUGAAGUAUAAUAUCCAGACGGACUCGAGACGGACCAAACACGAAGAAAAAUUGGGAUAUCUUAAAGAACUUUAACAAUUUUGAAUUGGAAGGAAGAAAAUCUGAAGAAACCGGACAAUCGUAAGAAUUUGAAGAAAUGGAAGAACUUGAAGAACAUCUUUCAAGCCCCCAAGAAGACAUAAAAGAGGAUUAGAUUUUUUAUUGCCUUUUCUAAAGGUCAAAUACGCCACCCCGUCUAGGAAGGUCCUCCAAGUCUUACGGAAUGCGAAGAAAUAAGUAAUUUCCGCAAGUCGCCGUUACUAAUUUCAUGUCAAUGCCGUCCAGAUAUUUUUCUUUAAACAUUUAAAAACGUCGUGUACUUUUUACCUAUCACGAAAGUAAUUACUGUACACCUUUGUACCAACUUCGAGACCUCAGAAAUAAUUACGGUCACUCGCAAUUUGAUAACACGAAAAGCAGCGGCGUACGUCGCACGUUUGCAGCAAGUAAGAGAUACUUUCCGUUACGGUUGCGCCAGUGGUGGACCGCCGGUCGUACGUAGAAAAAAACGAAUCCUUGACUUUGUACGAUCGAUUGCGUUUUUGGUGAUUAUUACGCUCUGUCCCCAAAAUCACAAUUACGUAAGAUAAGUUAUUUAUGUAUAAGUGCGCGGUUCGGUACUUGUUAUUGUGAGGGAGCAGCCAUGGAGGUUCGCCCAUUGCCGGAUUACUUGCAGAAGGUGGUCGAGAAUGAGCUGAACGAGGUGCCAAGCCGUGUAUCGGACGAUAUUAGGGCGAUAAAGGAAUGGCUUGCGAAACAACCCCAUUUAAACGCGUGCACAGACGAUCAGUGGAUCUUGAUGUUUCUGCGAGGUUGCAAGUUCCGUCUGCAGACCGUCAAGGAGAAAAUGGAAGAGUUCUACUUACUCAGGACGAUCAUGUCCGACUACUUCGACGAUCGUGACCCACUUCUGCCCGAAAUCCAGGAGUUGCUCAGUCGACAGAUCAUUCUUCCUCUGCCAGUCAACAAGAACGGUCCGCAAGUGUUCAUCUUGCGCACCGAUGAAGGCGACAUCAACACAUUGCCGCUGAAGGCGAUCCUUAAGGGAGGAAUAAUGAUGCUCGACAUGGUUAUGAAGGAGAACGACCACAUGGUCUUGGGGCAGUACAUCAUCUUCGAUCUGGAACAGCUGCAGUACGCCUACAUAAGUCAGCUGACACCGCUAAUGAUAAGAAUGCUCGUACGAGGCUUGCAAAACGCCUACCCGACGCGACCCAAAGGAUUCUUCGUCCUCAACGCACCACCCGUUCUAAAAACGGUGUUCGACCUCACCUACCCCUUGCUCAAUAAGAAAAUGGCGAAUAGGAUUCACUUUUACACCAAAGACAACAUGGAGGAGCUCACCAAACUGAUACCCUACGAAAUCCUUCCGAAGGAAUACGGCGGAGGCGGCGACAGCAUCGAGACGAUCAGAGUCGAAUGGAAGCAGAAAAUGGAAGACUAUCGGGAGUGGUUCGUGAACAGUUCCAAGUACAGGGUCGACGAAAGCAAAAAGAUCAAAAAUUGCCACUUGGAAAACGCGGCGGAGACGGAGGGAUCGUUUAGGAAGUUAGAAAUCGAUUAAGCUCGCGUCCCUUCCCCGCAAUUCUGCAAUUUAAAAUUUAACCGACGACGGGAAAGGGGUUAAUUACAUUGAAUUUAAAAGAAGUUAAUUCAAGGAGGGUUCGCUUCCUAGCUGGUUCCUUUCUCGUCUGCGAAAACAAUGUUGGCACAUGUAUUGACGACUAAUUAAAACAUAAUAAUUGAG